AUGGAUGCUGAUAUUGAUGUGACAAUGAAUUACAAACAAUCAUUGAAUGAUACAAAUUGUCAACAAAUUCAAUACUUAUCAUUGUUACAUGAUGAUAGAAUUGGCAGUAUUGAAUUAAAUUUAAGCAAUUUUCAAAAUAUCAGUAUUGAUAAACCAAUUAACGGAUAUUUGAUAAUCAUCAACAAUUCAUUCUAUGAGCAAACAAUUAAUGCACAAAUCCAAGUUGAUUUAACAAGUUAUACAGGAUUGGUUAUCACACAUGUUUAUCUUUUCGAGAAAAUGCUUAACAUACAAUCAAAACAAAGUAUGCUAAUGAAAUGA